GUCCUUAUAUCAUAGACUAGAUUUUAUCUUGUUUAAGCGGUACUGUCUUCAUCUCCUCAAAAAAAACCACACGGGAUGGAGGAGCGAAGGAAAAACAACGUACAGGUUGAUAUAGAUGGCAGGAUAAGCCGCCUUCCUGACGAACAGUCUUCAUGGCCCAGAAUUUUUCAAGUGCCCCAUUAUUUACGCAAGGUAAAUAAAGAAGCCUAUGAACCUGGAAUCAUUUCCAUUGGCCCUUAUCAUCGUCAAAAAGAUCAUUUAAAAGCAAUGGAAACACACAAGGUGCGUUUUUUAAAAGACCUUCUUCGAGGAAGAGGUGAGUAUAGUGCUCAAAGAUAUGUGGAGUUGAUGAGCGAUAGGAUGGAAAGGGCUCGUAACUGUUAUUCAGAAUCUUUGAGCAUUUCUGAUUCAGAAUUUUUAGAAAUGAUGGUUCUUGAUGGAUGCUUUAUUGUUGAGCUAAUUUACAAAAUCUUUGACGAUUGGAUGCAGGAUCCUCUCUUAAAAGUAGAUCAGAUUUACUCUCAGAUUUUGAAAGAUUUGAUACUAAUAGAGAAUCAACUCCCCUUCUUCGUACUUAGUGAUCAAUUCCAAAACAUUGAUUGCUUUCAUUGUCUGUUUGAAGAUUUGCUAGGGGCGAAAGAUAAGGUAGGGUCCUCGAAUAGUCCAACCUAUGAUAAAAAUCCAAUAACAAACGUUAGGCAUCUGCCAGACUUAUUACGCACCAAUAUUUGGCGUCCUCCACAAGAUUCAAAGUCUGGUUCUUCGACCGUUCAAGAUGGAAACGGGCGCUUUUUGAUACCUUCUGCCACAGAACUAAGAGAGGCGGGAAUAAAGUUCAAGAAGGUUGAUAAUCGCAACUUGUUUGAUAUAAGGUUUGAAAAUGGGACACUUGAAAUUCCACAACUGACAAUUGAUGAUGCUACUGAGAUAUUGUAUCGCAAUUUCAUUGCCUGUGAACAGUUUGAUGACUAUAAUUCUCCACAACACUUAACUGAAUAUAGAAAAGUCCUGGAUGGUCUUAUCAAUACUGGAAAGGAUGUGGAGUUACUUUGUCGCAAAGGGAUAAUUGAGCACUGGUUGGGCAGUUAUGAAGAAGUUGCCACGAUGAUUAACAGCCUUGGAACUGAACUUAUGAUGGGAGAAAAUUUCUUUUAUGCCCAGUUAUUUAAAGAGGUCAACGAACAUUACAAUAGACGUUGCAACAAAACGAUGGCAAGCCUAAGGCACAAUUAUUUCAACAGUCCAUGGGCGUUGAUCUCCGUUCUUGCUGCAGCUUUCUUGCUUCUGUGUACCCUGUUGCAAACAACAUUCACAAUUUUCCCUCGGUCUUGAAGGUGCCAGAAACCUUUAGUAUGUAGGAAACGAUGUAGAUCAGCAGAUGGUAUCCAGGUGUGUGAGAAGUGUAAAGUGUUAAGAGUGCAAGCGUAGUCUAGUUUGAAAUGUUUUCUAAUCGAUCCUUUUGUUUGUGUAAUUCCUGUUUUGCAUCUUGCUUUAAUUAAUAAGGUGUGUAUCUGCUAUUGGUACAAUGUUUUCCUUUCUCUGUUUGCUUGGGUUUCUUUAGGCUUCUAAAUUGUAAUAUACUUUUGGUCCAUAUAUAUAAAAAUUCUACUUAAUG